UUACGGUUCCUAGACUUUUAUUAUGGAAGCAGCACACGUGGCCGCCAUUGUAGCUUUAAUAAUAACGCUUGCUGUCCAUAUUCUUGUGCAUGCACCACGCAGGUGCUGACAGCAAGCUUUAUAAAUGUAAUAAAAUAUAAUUUUGAAGAUGGAUGACACCUAACCUGGAGGAAAGCAGCAGCAGUGGGCAGUGAGUUACAGGGAUAAUGGACUCCUGGACCCCGAAUCCCCGAGCCAAGCCCUUUAUCCCUCGACAACAGCGUAGCCUUUACCUUACCUGGAAAUACAAACUUACCAACAAACGGGCUCUGCGACGGAUUUGCCAGGGCGGUGCUGUAUUAUUUUUGUUUAUUACUGUAAUUGUGAACAUCAAACUAAUUUUGGAAACGAGGAGAGCAGCAAGCGAGGAAGAUUCUGCUCCAGAUUAUGAUGAAACCGUGGCCAACAUGGAAACGCCCAAAAGACCAGCAAGCGGACGCAAGGUGCUAGACAUCGAGGUGUACUCUAGUCGCUCAAAGGUGUAUGUUGCAGUGGAUGGUACCACGGUAUUGGAGGACGAGAUGCGUGAGCAGGGAAGAGGCAUACAUGUCAUAGUGCUCAAUCAGGCUACUGGUCAUGUGAUGGCUAAGCGAGUGUUUGACACCUACUCUCCCCAUGAGGAUGAAGCCAUGAUCCUCUUUCUCAACAUGGUCACCCGUGGCAGAGUCCUAAUCUUCACAAUCAAGGAUGAGGGAACCUUCCAUUUGAAAGAUGCUGCCAAGAAUCUUUUGAAGGGACUGGGCAGUCAGGUGGCUGCUACUCUUAGCUGGAGAGACAUGUGGACUCUGGUUGUGAAAAAAGGAGGUCAGGUGUAUGGGGAAAAGCACUCAAAAUCACCUGCUCUCUCCACCUGGGGAGAUCCUGUACUGCUGAAGACUGAGGUUCAACUCACAGCUCCUGAAGAGGCAGAGUGUCAUUGGGCAGACACAGAGCUGAACCGAAGGAGGAAACUCUUCUGCAGUAAAGUGGAGGGUUAUGGAAGCAUCUGCAGUUGCAAGGAUCCAGCACCAAUAGAAUUUAACCCAGAGCCACUUCCCAAUAAUAAUGUCUACAACAUCCCAGUUGCUGUCAUUGCAGGGAACAGACCAAACUAUCUCUACAGAAUGCUGCGCUCUCUCCUGUCCUCUCAUGGCGUGAACCCACAAAUGAUCACUGUUUUUAUUGAUGGCUAUUAUGAGGAGCCGAUGGAUGUGGUGGAAUUGUUUGGACUUAAAGGAGUUCAGCACACACCCAUUAGCAUUAAAAAUGCCCGUGUGUCCCAGCACUACAAAGCCAGUUUGACUGCAACGUUCAAUCUCCAUCCGGAUGCAAAUUUUGCAAUUGUCCUGGAGGAAGAUUUGGAUAUUUCCAUAGAUUUUUACAGUUUUCUCAGUCAGACCAUUCAUUUGCUUAAUGAAGAUGAGAGCAUUUAUUGCAUAUCAGCCUGGAAUGAUCAGGGCUAUGAGCACACAGCCGAGGACCCGUCACUGCUUUACAGGGUGGAGAGUAUGCCUGGUCUGGGCUGGGUGCUCAAAAAAACUCUCUACAAGGAUGAACUGGAACCCAAGUGGCCUACCCCUGAGAAGCUGUGGGACUGGGAUAUGUGGAUGCGCAUGCCAGAGCAGAGGAAGGGGAGAGAGUGCGUAAUUCCUGAUGUUUCCCGCUCGUAUCACUUUGGCAUCGUUGGCCUCAACAUGAACGGUUACUUCCAUGAAGUAUAUUUUAAGAAACACAAGUUUAACACCGUCCCAAAUGUUCAGAUGAGAAAUAUUGAUGGCUUGAAGAAAGAUGCCUAUGAAGUAGAGAUCCAGAAUCUGUUACGGGAGGCCGAAGUUCUGGAUCACAGCAAGAACCCAUGUGAAGACUCGUUCAUCCCAGACACGGAAGGAAAGACCUACGUCAUGUUUAUCAAAAUGGAGCAGGAGACGGACACAAGCACCUGGACUGAACUGGCCAAGUGCCUACACGUGUGGGAUCUAGACGUACGGGGCUAUCACAGAGGCCUCUGGAGGCACUUCCGAAAGAAAAACCACGUCCUUGUUGUAGCUGUUCCUAUCUCGCCUUACUCCACUCGGAAGCCUGCCCAUGUUACCCCUAUUCACCUGGAGCCACCACCUAAAGACGAGGCGGCCCCUGUGGAGCAGCUCUAGAGCAGCUGCAGUUGAACAGGUCUCAUUAAACAAAGGGUCCCACUUGCACUAGGCCUGUGCUCAAAGAACCUUCUGCCUUCAGGCCACAGCAAAAGCUGCUAACAGCUGCUACAGCUUCUCUACUGGAGCAUCCUCUGUAACAUGCUGCCUGUGCCGACUAGAAAAUAUUGCGAGUGAGGAAAAUGCAAAUGGUGAGUAGAGAAGCUCUUCCUGUCUAAUGGGAAAUUGCGUGUCCUAACGGCGAUGGGAGACGCAUGUCAUGUCAAAUACUAGGUGAAAAGCGCCUUGUUACUUGUUAUAGAAGUUAUGAACAGGAACGUGGGCAAGACGUGUGGAAACGAAUCUGAUUUUUAAACACUACUGAAUACUUUUAGGUUGUACAGUAUGUCAAUUUUAACUUAAGUCUAUUUAUUUUGACAAUGUUAAGCUAGUUGUUGACACUUAAUACAUGGUGUUUAUAAGGCUACAUAAGUCUUUUGUGAUAACUGGCGUAAGUUGAAAUACAUGGUAAUCAAUACUCGGAGAGAUCAGCUAUUAUAAAGGAUAAUUAUAUCAAUUUUGACGUCAAGUUGGCAUCUUGAUUUGAGGUGACGGAGUGUUAAGGGCUUAUUACAAUAAUAAAUACAGAGCAAGAUAUUGCCACAUUGCAUUCAUAAAACAUUUAAGGUUAUGAGCAAUGUUACAUCACCAGUAUGUCACUUUACUGGAAGAAUGCUGCGCUACAAAGUUCCUCGUCAUGACGACAUUCUAAAGUCAAGUGUCAUUAAACGCCAUCAAACAUGUCAAUACGAAAGCAGUAUUUAUGAGAGCUGAUACCUGUCGAUUUCAAAUGCAUAUGUAGCGUCAUAUCAUUUCUCAUGAAGCACCUAUAAAGAACCUGAAAUAAAGUGCUACAGGUUUUUUUAUAGGCAUAUAUUUUUGCAUUAAAAAAAAAAUCAUA